GACGCCCUCGUUUCUUUGGUUUCUUGCUUCGCCCAUGGCGAAAGCCGACCUGGGAUCGCAGCCAGUGCUUCUGAGCAAUGGAAAUGGAUGGGCAAAUGUGACCCGCUUUGCGACGCUGAGUCUCCACAGACUUUCUGAGACGCAGCACAAGGCGAAAAUGAGUGGUGCUUCAGCACUUUGGCGAUGCGUCUCCCGCAUAGAAGAGGAGCAAAAACGAAGCAGUUUGCAUCGUUUGCGCCAGUCGGCAAGCAUGGAGUCGGUGCUAAGCACCAAGAAACAAACGGAUGAGAUGUUGAGAAAGUUGCGAGUCAUGGUGGAUUCCUUUGAUUUGGAGGUGGAUGAGUCGGUCGAGUCCAUUUGUCGCCACAUCUUGGAUGAGGAGGACGAUUUAAUGAACCUCUUCCUCAAGCACUGAUCAUAGGUCUUUUCAUUUGAGCUGCAGGUGGCAUGGAUCAACAUGAAAUUUGCCACCUGCAGCGCUGGUCGUCAUGAUGCACACAAAAUGGCGGACGUCACAGCUGUGCGGGGAAAAGAUGGGAAAAGGCACCAG